AAACCCUUCCUGGAGCUGAAGCUGAGCGACACUCUCCGUCGCUCGCGCCGUGCCCCGGGCCUCGACUGCAGCGAGGCGUCCAACGAGUCGCGCUGCUGCCGCUACCAGCUCAUCGUCGACUUCGAGGCGUUCGGCUGGGACUGGAUCAUCGCGCCCAAGCGCUACAAGGCGAACUACUGCUCGGGCCAGUGCGAGAACAUGUUCCUGCAGAAGUACCCGCACACGCUCGUGCAGAAGGCGAACCCGCGUGGCUCCGCGGGUCCAUGCUGUGCCACCAAGAUGUCGGCCAUCUCUAUGCUCUACUUCAACGACCAGCAGCAGAUCAUCUUCGGCAAGAUCCCCGACAUGGUGGUGGAGCGAUGCGGGUGCUCAUGAGAGAGAAUGAGGAGGAUGAGGGAAGAGGAGGAGGAGGGAGAGGCCCGCGGUGGCUGCCAAGGGAGCGUCUUGAAUCGAGUCACGAUUUAUCGAA